GUCUGCUUGCGCGGAUUGCGACCUGAGUAGGGCGCUGCGCAUGGCCCUGGCGCUUCUGGCGUUGCUUCUUGGUUUGAACAGCUGAUCAGCUUUGUGUAAGGGGUGAAUUGGCUGUUGCACUGGGACUGUGGAGCAACCUCAUAGCUCAGUGGCAGGUAAUCUUUCGGUAGGCAUUCAGCCAGAGCCUUGUCCAGCAUUGAUCAAGCAUGCCGGAGCUUCCAGAGGUCGAGGCGGCUCGCAAGCUGGCCCAUGAGCACUGUGCAGGGAAGAAGAUCAUCAAGGUCGUCUGCGAGGACGACGAGACUGUGAUCCAGGAUGUGAAGCCUGCUGAGCUGGCGCGCGAGCUGGAGGGCCGCACCGUGAAGGCCGUCCAGCGCAAGGGCAAGUCGCUGUGGUUCGAGAUGGCGGACGACGGGCCGUGGCCUUCGUUCCACUUUGGGAUGACGGGGUCCUUCGCGGUACAGGGCGUCGAGAGCGUCAAGUACAAGUCGAUCGGCGCGAGCGACCCUGAGCAGUGGCCGCCCCGCUUCCACAAGGUGGUCAUCUCCUUCGAGGGCGGCGUCGAGCUGGCCUUCUGCGACGCGCGACGCUUCGCGCGCGUGCGCUACCUCGAUGACGUCACCCUCCAGUCGCCCAUCGCCGACCUCGGCUUCGACGCGCUCACCGAGCUCCCCGCCCCGGGGCCGUUUCACACCGCGCUCACGAAGCGCCGCGCCGCAGUGAAAGCGGUGUUGCUGGACCAGGGCUUUCUGGCGGGCAUCGGGAACUGGGUCGCGGACGAGGUUCUGUACCACGCGAGGGUGCACCCGGAGAGUCUCGCGGCGGAGCUGGACGAGGAGGCGAGCGGGCGGCUGCGCGAGAGCAUCAAGAUGGUGCUCGAGACGGCGGUCGCGGCCAAUGCUGUGAGCGACAAGUACCCCUCCGACUGGCUGUUCCACCACCGGUGGGACGUGCGCGGGUCCAAGAAGGAAGCGCCCAGCAUCAAUGGACACGCCGUGGCUUUCUUGAAGGUUGGCGGCCGGACGUCAGCGUACCUGCCGGACCUCCAGAAGCGCGUCGGCGGCAGCGGCGCGGCUAAGCCCAAGCGGAAGUCCAAGGCCAAAGCGGCAAAGGACGCGGACUCGGACGAAGACGAAGAAGUCGAAGAGCCCACCCCGGCAGAGAGCAGCAAAGCCGGCGGACGGCGAGGGGGUGCCGGCAGGGGCAAAAAGAGGGGGGGUGCGGAGGAAGAUGCGGCGGGGGUGGCGGAGGAGGAGGUAACUAAAGCGGAGGAAAAGCCGAAAGCUGGUGGAAGAGCGAAGGGGAGAGCCGCGAAGAAAGAAGAAGCGGUGGCUGAGGUCGAGGAACCGGCUCCGGAAACGGCAGAGGGGGGGGUGGAGAUGGGGGAGAUUGAGGGGGGGGAAAUGGAGGGGAUGGAAGCCCAGGGGGGAAGGAAGAGGAAGGGAAAGGCAGAGGCGGUCGUGGAGAAAGAAGCAGCCCCCGUGAAAAGGGGCAAGAAAGAGAAGGUCGAAGAAGCGGCGGCGAGCGUUGCGGAAGAGGCUCCGGCAGAAACAGGUCGGAAGAAACCGGGGGCACGAGAGGAGCCGGUUGAAAAAGAGGCGCCGGCAAAGAGAGGGCGCGCUAGGAAGGGGGCGGCGGGUGCAGGUAAGGCCGACGAGGGGGCUGGAGUUGAGUUGAAGGGGACAGUUGAAGAUGAAGAGAAAGGGACGGCAGGAAAGGAGGAGGCAGUUGAAAAGGAAGAGACGGCAGAAGAGAAGGAGACGGUUGGAGAGGAGACGGUAGGAACAGAAGAGACCGUAGCGAAGGAAAAGAAGGCGGAAGAAAAGGAGGGGCCGUCAGAACCGGCCGUCGAAGUUGAGGCUCCGGCCGAAGAACCCGGUCCGAACGAAGAGACGAAGGAAGCAGUAGGAAACGGGAAAGGGAAGGAUGAGGAACCGGGGACUGGGCAGGCCGCUGUAGAAAGCACUAAAGAAACGGAGGGGCAAGCGGGAGAGAAGAACGGGCGCGAUGAGAAGGAAAAGGUUGCUGGUGCGAAACGAGGGAGGGGGCAAAAGGCCCGGGGCGGGGCAGGAGAAGUUAGGGAGGCGGCACCGACGAGGAAGUCGUCGAGGAGAAAGUAAGUUUGGUGUAGAGGGAAAGGCUGUUCUUAAACAGCGUAAGGUUGUUGUGAGGAUAUGAUGAGUAGAGAGACACUUGCAGCCCGGACGUGUUGUGUUGCAUGAUCGACUGUAGGGCAACGAGACAUGCAGUCAAGAAUGACGUACAUAGAGACAGUUGCUGAAACAUCGACUGAGAGCUGGUACCUUGUGGACAAUAAGACGCUUUCCUUUCACUUGUCCUCAACCCAGCUGUCGACUAAGUCUGCGUUCCUCAUUGUGCAAGAACAAGGCAAUGAAAGGCUCACCCAGAGCAUACUACUCUCAAGCAGUUGCAAGCUGAAAAGCGUGAUUGGGUUACCACAGAUCUCGUUGUGCGAUG